AUGUCUGCACCUCCACCCUUUGUUAUGAAUCACUCAGUCACUGAGACCAAUUCCUAUGAACAACAUCCACAGCAGAAGCAAGUUGAAGAACUCCCAAAACGAUCUAAUUGCAAAUAUCACGUCAGAGCAUUUGCACACAAUACCGUAGCUGCUUUAGAAUAUCUUCCAGAAAGAAGCAUGCCUGCCCCUCCACCAUAUGUUAUGAAUUACUCGGUGACUGAAACUAACGCCUAUGAACAACGUCCACAGCAGAAGCAAGUUGAACAACUCCCAGAACGACCUGGGCUAUCCAAUUGCAAAUAUCACCAUCCAAAAAAUCAGACUGCAUUGUUCCCCUCAUGUGCACUGAGUGACAAAGGCCUCCCUUUGAGACCACUUCCUUCGGAUAAAUUAGCAAUGUGCACCACGAAAAUGCUCAUUACCAGUCCUUUGUAUUGA